AUCAAAGAGCAGCAAUGAAAUCCAUGGCGAUAUCAAUCUCAAGAUCAGUAUCCGAUUUUCAACCGAAGUCUCACAACCGAAACCCUAAACUUAGUAUUAAGGAAUCCCAUCACUCUCCUUUCAAUUCCACCCCAUUCAAAUCCCUCUUUUACCAUGCCCCAGCAAAACUUAUAUCAGUCUCCAAUCAAGAUCAAACCAUCAAUUCUCCUCUCAAAAUUGAAAACCCUAGUUUAAGAAAACGGGUUCAUUUCAUUGGAAUCGGAGGGUCUGGAUUAUCAGCACUUGCUAAACUUGCUCUCAAUCAAGGUUUUGAAGUCAGUGGAUCAGAUAUUGUAUGGAAUGAGUCAUUGAACGGAUUACAAGAAGCUGGUGCAAAAGUAUGGUUAGGUCAUUCAGCUAAUAAUUUAAGAAACGGGGUUGGAAAUUUACCUGAUUUUGUUGUUCUUUCAAGUGCGAUUCCUUCACAUAAUGUUGAGAUUUUGCACGCGAAGUCGCUCGGAUUACCUGUAUAUAAGAGGGAUAAGUGGUUAGGAAUGGUAACGUCGGAUUACAAUCUUAUUGCUGUCAGUGGAACUCAUGGAAAAAGUACAACUACUGCUAUGCUUGCUUAUGUUUUGAAAUCAAUGGGAGAUGAUCUUACUGCUGUUGUUGGUGCAAAUGUGCCUCAGUUUUCAGGAGGUAAUAUUCUCUCAGGGAAGGGGCACAAUUUUGUCUUGGAGGCUGAUGAAUAUGAUGACUGUUUUCUGGGAUUAUCACCUUACAUUGCUGUGGUAACAAAUGUUGAAUGGGAGCAUGUUGACCAAUUUAAAAAUGAGGAAGCAGUGAGAAAAUCAUUCAGAAAGUUUUUGAAGCAGAUCAGAGUAGGAGGAUAUCUCAUCUUAUGUGGGGAUAGUGAGGGUGCAUAUUCUCUGCUGAGGGAGGCAGAUAUAGAAACUGCAUCCAAUGAUGAGCAAUUUGUUCCAAGUUCCACAGAGUCGACUGCACACCACAGAGUUACCACGUAUGGAAUUUCAAGUCUCAAUGAGUGGAAUGCAUCUUUUAUUGUCCCCAACUCGCAAGGUGGUGUUGACUAUGUCCUGAAUCACAAAGGGUAUCCAGUGGCAAACAUCAGCUUAAAAAUACCAGGAACUCAUAAUGUCCUCAACUCAUUAGCAGUGAUAGCUGCUGUUACUGCGCUGAUAGGUGAUAAAAGCUUAUCUUAUGAAUCUGUUGAUAGAGUUGAGUCACACUUGAGCAACUUUCUUGGUGUUUCUAGACGGUUUGAGAUGAUUGGUCAAAUAUAUGGAUGCCAAAUAUACGAUGACUAUGCUCAUCAUCCAACAGCGGUUCGUGCAGUUCUUCAAGCCGCUCGUACAAGAUACCCACACAAGGAUCUAUGGGUGAUAUUUCAGCCACAUACGUUCAGCCGACUUGCAGCAUUUAUGGAUGAAUUUUCAAAUGCAUUAAGUAAUGCAGAUCGAGUUGUAAUUACACAGGUUUGGGCUGCUAGAGAAAUGAAUGUAUGCGAUGUCAGCGGAAGAGAACUGGCUACAUAUAUUGGCCCUCCAUCUGAAUACAUCCCUUUCACGGAAGACAUCAUAGACAAGUUGGUUCAGGAGAUCUCCACCUACCCUGAGCGAGAAAUUGUUGUCUUUACACUUGGAGCAGGUGAUAUUACAGCAUUAGGUCCAAAGCUGCUCCACAGAUUAAAAUCAAAACUCCCAGUAUAACUGGCAAUCAAAACAAAUCUGCAACUGCAGUCCUCAGACCAGGACCCUUCACAAUCAAGAUCGAAGGAGACAAUGAAUGGUGCAACCAGCGAUCAGUAUAAAGCAGGAUUUCAGUCGUCAACCAUAUCCAGCUAGCCUACAUCAGCAGCAUGGAAGAAUGUUCAAUUGGUAUUGGGAUUGAUUGCAUUGAUCAUAUGAUUCCUAUUCUACGGGGUGUGAGUUUAGUAGGGUGAUUUGGAAUUGGCUUGGUGCAAUCUUUCAUUUAGAAGUCCAGAUAACUUUGAUGAGGUGCUGAAACUGGCUAAGCAUACUCUAGUCCAGCUAUUAAAGAAAUCGUGGUUAAGUAUGCUUUAUGCACAAUCAAAGAAAGAGUGGUAUUUGGUCGUAUUCAGCCUUCAAGCGGAGGAGUUAACAUGAAAAUCUGCUUACUUACAAAGGACGGUGGGAUUAGAUUUAAUGGUUUGGAUGUGGAAUGGGGUGUAUGAUCUUUAAUUUUUUUUUGUUUGAAGUGUAUCGUGGUUGUUAGACAUAUUUUCUGGGAACUACCUCCUCCAGAUUGGUCCAUAGUUUGUACUUUGUUCUGAUGGUGCAGAUAGAGGUAAUCCUGGUCCUGCCGGCCGUGGUUUCAUCAUCAGAAAUUGUGUGGGUGUUGUUUUAGAAGCUGUUGCAGGUGGAAUUGCUAUUGCCACUAUCUCUAUUACAGAAUUUCUGGCCAUCAUAUGUGCUCUGGUCUGGAUUCUCUACAAACAUUUGGGUAAAGUUCUGCUGCAAUCAGAUUCCAGUUCUGUCAUUGCCGCCUUUGAAUCUGAGAAGCUGCUGAUCAGUGAUUUCAAGAUGGGGAGUUAUUAUUUAUUAAGGAGUCCGUUGUAGAAUUGGAAUUUCCACAGUUGCCAUGAGACCAAUUUUUCUGCAGAAUAGACUGGCAAAAAAGUGGUACCAUACUAGCUAGGGCUUCUGCAGAGAAUGUAGUACAAAGCCUUCUUUUUUUGUCAGAUUUUUAGAGUGGCCACAUAGGCAGUACUUUGGAUUCAUGUAAUUUUCUGUUUCCAAUUCUGUAUGUACUGAAACGAAUAAAUCUAUUAGAAAUUCAAUUGCCUUCCAGUUUUAUAUAGAAGUUUCUGUUGUAUGACAAUGCUUACAGAAGCUCAAGAAUGUUCAAAAUAAGAGCACUGACAAAAAAAAGGACCAGUUUUUUGCAUUUCUGCCGUGUUCAUUUACAAUGCCAUUUGAUCUAAAAUCUCUACCAAAAGCACAGAAAUACAGGGGGUGGAAAUUUAAAAAAGGAAACCGAAAAAUUCAAUAGAAACAAACCUUUAAAUGCUUAGAAUCAUCAAAAUGAAGAAAAUUUUAAAGCUUACACCUCACUGUACACAUUCUUUAAGAAACCCAAAUGAUACUACCUUCCAUCCAGCAAUGCCCAUGUCUUAAAACUAAG